AUGUCCCGAACACAGGUACAGCGCCCGCAGUCCAACCUCGACUUUGAACACGCGUAUCAUCAGUACAAUAGGGUCCAGAACGAUGAUCCGAUCAACGAGUACAUGUACCAGAUGCCCAUUGUUGCGGACAAUGGGCGCACUGUAGGGAGGGAGAGGGGGGACGGGGACGGAGAUGCCUACGCUACAACGCAGUCCCAAGCCCUUGACCUUCGAGCCUUGAAUCAGCGUCUACAAGUACUCGGUCUCAGCCCCCAUAUCUCGAACGAAUCACUUCUCGAGCAACAGCCCCAUCCCGCCGCUCUAGGCUCUGCAUUCAAAACCAAUCCCAUCACGCCUCUCCGCCCCUUCUCUCCGCCCGAAACGUCCCGGUCCUACACUCAGCCCCCGCAGGAAGGGUAUCAGCCCUUCUACCCUCCCUUCGAGUAUCAGAGCCAGAGCCAGCAACACUCGGCCCAGGGCCAGGUAUUCUCGCCGCCCCUCAAACCGCCCACAGCGGUGGAUCUCCACCCCUCCGACUCCCUUUCGCAAAUGUACCGUCCGUAUCGCGGCCCGGUCGAGUCGGUGCGGUCCCAGCGAAGGACGCAGCGCGGGGGUACCAAUGUCGACGGUCAGGACGUCGACGAUUACGAGCACAACUCUUCUUGGGAGACGAGGCAUGCGCCGCCGAGCGAUGCGCCCAGCUUGGAGGAGAUGACUAUGGGGAGAACGGAGUGGGCCAAUGAUACCAUGGGCGGAGACAUGCUGGACAUGCGCGACCGACUCAUCCACAACAAACAGGCCCAAGAAGCACACGAAGCCGCCGCCAUCAACGCCCACAUUGCCGACGCAUCCACCCUCGCUGCGGCGCUCACCAAGCUCGAAGUCACGCAGGACCAGCUCCGGACUCUCCAGGCCACGCUCAUCGCUGAGCGGGUGGCGCGGACGCAGAUGGAGCGGAGGAGCCACGAGGGCGAGGAUGAUGUGAGGGACGUCAAGAACGAGCUGGCGGGGGCGGUCAGGGCGUUACGGAGGGCAAGAGAGGAGGCGAAGCGGAAUGAAGAGGAGAAGAGGAGGCUGGCAAAGUGCUUCGAGGAGACCAAAGUUCAGCUCUACAAGUAUCACGAGGAGCUGCGAGUUCGGGACGCGCGGUCCAAGGGGAGAGAAGAAGGGAGGGCGGAGGCAUGGCAAGAAGCAGAACGAUGGAUGGGCCAAGCCCCUCCUAUCCCGAUCGACCCAAUUCAUUCCGUUCCCCAGGCAGUAUUUCGUCAGACCCCCAUGACCGCGCCGACCGGCCUUCCCCAAGGCCAAGCUCACGCCGGCGGACAAGACGGCCAGGCGCCGUUUCAGCAGCAUCCGGGCGACAACUUCAUGAUCCCGCACGUCCAAUCCCCUCCGUCCAUGCUCCAACAGUCGCACGGUCAGCCCCACACGCAGCAGUCCCAGCCAUCUCAACAUGUCGAGCAGCAGCAGUAUCAGCCUCCUCCCCCUUCGACGUAUACCCAGCCCCAGCCGGCCGGGCAGCAGGGUAUCCCGAUGAUGAUGCCUCCGGCUCCAGCUCCGGGCGGGAUGAUGCAGCAGACGGUCUAUCAGCCGAUGAUGGUCCCCAUCGCUGUCCCUCAGCCACAUACCCAGCAGCAGCAGCCCAUCCCGACCUUCCCCGCCCAGCCCCCUCAUUCUCAAAAUAUUCCCCGCUCGGCUCCCCAUCGGCUCAACCAGCUCCCUCCGCACUCUCAGGCCAACUCGCACUCGCAUGCCCACCCUCCGCGCGCCGCUACUGUCAUCAGCCGGACCCCACAAAACCCCUACCCCCCUCGCCUGCCACUCGGCUCACACCAGCGUAGCGUCACUAUCGGAUCCGCUUCACUCCAUCCUCCUGCACCAGGCUCGAUGCCUCCGCAGCAUCAAGCAGCCGAGUCAUAUCUCGACCGAGCGGACCACGACCCGCACGUCCAACAGAUGCUGCACGACACCCACAGCAAGACCAUUCACACCUCGGCAUCCUCGGAUCGUCCUCAGACCGCUCGGUCCGUCUUGGCGCCGGUGGACAAGCCCCUCCCCACGCCGGGUGGCGGUCACGCCAAUGUCGGCCGGAGUCAGACACACACGACUCGUCCUUCUCGAGCGGGCACGAUGGCGUCUGGCAAGCCCAAGCCACAGCGGUACUCCUUGCUCGAAGAGCUACACGGGCAUAAGCGAAACGAGAGUACGCUGCAUGGCGAGGAUCGGUAUCCCGCUUUCCCGCAUCAAAAGCAGCAACAUCUGAGGGAUCACUCGAGGAAUAACAGCUUUGAUUCGAUCAACCCCGCUGGGAUUGCUCUUCCCCACUCGACUGCCGGGAGUUUGAUGAACACCCCUCGGUCAAGAGCGACGAGUCGGCGAUCCAAGGUGGCGGGUGCGCUGAGGGGCGGAACAGAGAUUGAGGACUUGUCGGAUAUCGCUGAAGAUGAGCGGGAGCGUGAAGCGCGACGAUCUUUCCAGGCGAAUCAGCAGCAGCAGGCCCAGCAACAUCAGCAGCAGCAGAAUAUGGCAUACCAGCAAGCCCAAUCUGAUCGGGCGGGCCCAGCUCCUCAGCAGCGACCCCACCCCAAGCAGAACUAUGCGCCUUCCAUGCCGCCUAUGCGAGGCCGUCCUACCCCCCGCAUGCCUCAGCAGCUCGGCGCGGGCGAUAAAGCCCCUUCCGAGCCACACAUCCAGCCCCUUCAUGCCAAACACGGCCUCGCCAACUUCUUCCACCGGCACACGCACCACCAAGACCAAGCACAAGCGGACGACCGGCAGGCCGCCAUGUUUGCGCGCAUGCCCGAUGUCGACCGCUCCACCAAGCCCAAAGGUGCACACGACCUGUACGUUCCGCCCGGCAUGGCACCGCUGGCGGUCCACGGCUCUGUCAUGGAUAUCCAAGGUCCGAGGACGUCCGCGCUAGGCCUGGAGGGGCUGGGAGACCAGGCGGAGCAUCGGCAUCAUGGCUCUGCGGGAACGGGAACGGGGGUCAGGGGCCGGUCCAGGUCUGGAACGAUGGAGUCGGGCAAGGCGCCAACGUCCUCCCAGAACAAGUCACGACCCGAUACGAACAUCCCUUCUCCCUCUUCCCGAGCCCUUCAACCCAAGACUCCCACUCAAACCCGGUCCAACAUCCCCCGUGCGCCCGUUAAGCGCAUUGACGCGCACUCACCUACCAAGCGCCAAACUACCAUCAUCACCGAGUACUACGAACCCCACGCCACCCCUCUUCCCGCAUCUCGCCCACAUGCGCCCACAGCCUACUCGGGCUUCUCGCCCGACCGCGUCCUCUCCCCGCCGGAUAUGAGCUCGGGCGAUAACAUGCCGAGUAUCAGCGUGAUUGAUUAUGCUCUCCGGCAGGCGCUGCCGGGCAGUCGCCCGACGACUAUUAUGAGCGUCAUGCCUCCCAGAGUCACCGUUGCUAGCGAACCAGACAUCGACGAGCCGAGCCGCAAGCCUACAACACCUGCAGGAAAGCAGCAGAAGCGUCCCCUUACCUGCUUCUCGAGCGCCAACUCACCGGCCCGGGACAUCGAGUGA